AUUUUUCAGUUUGAUGAGGGUCGCAGUACAUUCGAUGGAGAGAUCAGCAAAGAAAAUCUACUGACCUUCAUCAAAUCCAACCAACUUCCCUUGGUCAUUGAGUUUACAGAGCAGACUGCUCCAAAAAUCUUUGGAGGUGACAUCAAGUCCCACAUCCUAAUGUUUGUGCCCAAAACAGCCAAAGACUUCCAGGAUAAGAUGGACCAAUUUAAGAAGGCAGCUGAGGGCUUCAAAGGCAAAAUUCUCUUCAUCUUUAUUGACAGUGAUGUGGAUGAUAAUCAGCGAAUUCUGGAGUUCUUUGGUCUUAAGAAGGAAGAGUGCCCAACAAUCCGCCUCAUUACCCUAGAGGAAGAGAUGACCAAAUACAAACCAGAAACAUCAGAAAUCACAGCAGAGAACAUCAUUACCUUCUGCACAGACUUCACAGAGGGAAAGCUUAAGCCUCAUUUGAUGAGUCAGGACAUUCCUGACGACUGGGAUAAGAACCCUGUCAAGGUCUUGGUGGGCAAAAACUUUGAAGAGGUUGCCUUCGACCCCGCCAAGAAUGUCUUUAUAGAGUUUUAUGCCCCAUGGUGUGGUCACUGUAAACAGCUGGCCCCCAUCUGGGAUCAGUUGGGUGAGAAAUUCAAAGACAAUGCAAACAUUGUUGUGGCCAAGAUGGACUCCACAGCCAAUGAGAUUGAAGCUGUCAAAGUGCAUAGCUUCCCCACGCUCAAGUUCUUCCCUGCUGGUGAUGACCGUAAGGUAAUUGACUACAAUGGUGAGAGAACACUAGAUGGAUUCACAAAGUUUUUGGAGAGUGGAGGAAAAGAAGGCGGGGCACCAGCAGGAGAUGAUGAGGAUGAAGAUUCUGAUGAUCUGGAUCUUGAUGAUGCAGAGGAUGAUUCAGAUGUAGAAGAGGGACACGAUGAGUUAUAAGAGUCAGGAGGAAAAGGCGAGACAAACCCCUUCACCACCACCACCUCCACUUUAAACCUCCCUGUCUGUGAACACUAAAGCUUUUCCUAACUAAUCGAACAGCCACCGGGCGUUACAGGGUCUUCUUUCAGCCAUUUGUCAUUACCAGUCCAGCCCAACCAUCUGCAGCCCAGAGAAGUGCCUCUCUGCCCACAACGACUUUCUCUUUGAAGUGUUUUACUGUACAGUUUACUUUUUGCAUUAAAUUGUAUUAGGUUUUUAGGUUAAAUUCUAAUGGUAAUCUGUUGAACUGCUCUUUAUACCUGCCCACUACCUCCUUUUGUGUUCGGGAAGGCCCAGUGAAGAUUUUUUGCAGUAUAAUACUGGAAAUACUCUCCUGUUGAAGGAGGGGGAAAGCCAGUUAUUCUGCCUUAAUUCUGUGAUAUGAAUGAGUGGACAUUUCAGGGCAGAGGGGGCUGUAUGUCAUUCACCUUUGGGUGGAAAUAAAAUUAUAAUAAUGGGCUGCUAUUACAGUGUGAACAAAAUUUAGCAGACACCAAACUGAGGUACCUUCCCUGUUUCAUUAGUCAAACCACAUUUUCGUAUUCCUUUUCCAAAUUAACACCUGCUACUGAAUUAUUUUUAAAGAUGUAAAAGUGGAGAACUUGUUUUAUUUAAUUUUAUAUUUCAAUUAUUUUCUUUUUAUUAUCUUCCAUACUGAAGGGCCCAGAAACAGCACUUUUGUUAAGUUACCUGGGGCAGAGUUGGCCGAUGUGGGAGGAUGAUUUGAAACCUUAUUUUGCACUUCAUUCAGUGCCAUCAGAGAUUCCAUAUCAGUUACUGAAAUGAAGAUUUACCAUCUUGUAAGGACAAUAACUCUCCCGUACCCUUCCUGCUUUCCAUCACUUUAGUGGAAGAUUCCUUCCACCUGGAGGUAUAAUGCCAGUUGACGACGUCUGAGUGGUCAGUGUGACGGGGAGGAGAAAGUGUGCUUGUAACCAACUUAAUCAAUCUUUUCUCCUUAUGCUAGGGUUCAGGGUUGUGUGUGUCUAUGAUUUGGUUUAACCCUCUUGUUGUCUGUCUUUAUUUUUCUAGGAGCAGUGAAUUUCAGGGAUGUUUAAAGAAAGGGAGGGUUUAGGAAUUCAAUUGAGAGGGAUUUGGGUUUUGAAAUUUGUCAACAUGUUUGAGACAAAGCAUUCCAUUGCAUUGAAAUUGAUAACGAAAACUGGUGGCCAAAUAAACAACAAAAUGGUAAUAAA